CUCACCGCCCCCCGCUUCCCCGCCCCCGCCACCGUUACCGCCUUCCCCCCGUUCCGCGCCCCUUGCGCGUUGCGGUGGAAGCGGGGGGGGGGGGCGGCCCGGCGGGGAAGGUUUCCCGGUAUGGCCCCGGUAUUGCUGUGGUUGCUGGCGUUGGUGGUGGUGGCGGGGGGGUCGGUGGAAGCGCAGCCCCCCGCCUCCGAGCCCGCCUGCCCCGUGUGUCUUUGGCGGCGGCACAGCAAGGAGCUGCGGCUGGAGAGCAUCAAGUCGCAGAUCCUGAGCAAGCUGCGGCUGAAGGAAGCGCCCAACAUCACCCGGGAGGUGGUGAAGCAGCUGCUGCCCAAGGCCCCGCCGCUCCAGCAGCUCCUCGACCUCCACGACUUCCAGGGGGACUCGCUGCAGCACGACGAGUACCUGGAGGAGGACGAGUACCACGCCACCACCGAGACCGUCAUCAGCAUGGCCCAGGAAACGGACCCCGUGGUGCAGAUCGAGGGCAACCCCCAUUGCUGCUUCUUCAACUUCAGCCCCAAGAUCAUGUUCACCAAGGUGGUGAAGGCGCAGCUGUGGGUGUACCUGCGGCCGGUGCAGCACACCUCCACCGUCUACCUGCAGAUCCUCCGCCUGAAGCCGGUGACGGAGGAAGGCAGCCGCCACAUCCGCAUCCGCUCCCUGAAGAUCGACCUUAAUUCCCGCAUCGGGCACUGGCAGAGCAUCGACUUCAAGCACGUGCUGCAGAACUGGUUCAAGCAGCCGCAGAACAACUGGGGCAUCGAGAUCAACGCCUUCGACCCCAACGGCAACGACUUGGCCGUCACCUCGUUGGGACCCGGGGCCGAAGGGCUGCACCCCUUCAUGGAGCUGCGGGUGCUGGAGAACAACAAGCGCUCGCGGCGGAACCUAGGGCUGGACUGCGACGAGCACUCGACCGAGUCGCGCUGCUGCCGGUACCCCCUCACCGUCGACUUCGAAGCCUUCGGCUGGGACUGGAUUAUCGCUCCCAAGAGAUACAAAGCCAACUACUGCUCGGGGCAGUGCGAGUACAUGUUCAUGCAGAAGUACCCCCACACCCACCUGGUGCAACAGGCCAACCCCCGGGGCUCGGCGGGGCCCUGCUGCACCCCCACCAAGAUGUCCCCCAUCAACAUGCUUUACUUCAACGACAAACAGCAGAUCAUCUACGGCAAGAUCCCGGGCAUGGUGGUUGACAGAUGCGGAUGCUCUUAGAGCCCGGCUGGUGCUGCCCCUCCACCCCGCGCCCCCCUCCACCAACAAACUCCUCUUUUCUUCCACUGUUUUUUUUGGGUUUUUUUUUUUGUUAUUUUCUUUUUUUUUUUUUUUUUAAAUACAAAGAACAAGCGUUGAAAUUCCUUUGGAUGUCGGGGGAAGAGAGAGAGAAGAAAAUCCCACGGAGAAACGCUGCACCAAACCCGCGCUUCGACAUGCAUUGUGCAAUAAAGCAACCGGACGGAGAAGGGAAGGGGCGGCCGGGACCCCCAGCACCGCCACCCCCGCCCGCGGCACCCGUGGCGGCACGGCACGGCGGCACGGCUCUUCACCGGACGGCUCUCCCGCCUCGGCACAACGGCAACAGGGAGAGGAGGAGGCUGAGCGGACCCCGCGUCUCCCCGCGCUGCCGGAUGGGGACGGGGACGUCCCUGCCCGCCCCGCAGCCAAGGUGACAUCCAAGGGCGGGCGGCCCCAUCCCCGAGCAGCCGACGGCCCCGUCGCCACAGCCCCGCUCCGGGUGAUCUGCUGGAGCGAGGACGGCAGGAUCCGGCACCGGGACCCGCCGGGGCGGCUGGGCCACACGAGCGCCGGCGACAGCUCUGGCCCGGGAGGAGACCGUCUCCCUUCUUUAAUUUAUUUAUUUAUUAAUCACCCUCCCGGCUGGCGCUUUGCUGCGGGAAGCCCCCGCUCGCCCUGGUCCCUCC